AUGAAUAUGGGAACUCCCUCUAGCAGCAUGGCCAGCAUGUCCAUGUCUAUGGCCAUGUCGUCAGCUACUGCUUCUGGAAUGGCUGGCAUGUCCGGGAUGGGUGACGGCGGCAGCUCGAUGCCCGCCUGUAACAUGCAAAUGAUCUGGAACUGGAACGUCAUAGACGACUGUCUGAUCGCCGGCUCGUGGCACAUCACCUCAAAAAGCAUGUUUGCUGGUUCGUGUAUUGGAGUCAUUGGAUUUGUCGUUGCUCUGGAGUUUGUGCGACGUCUGAGUCGCGAGUACGACCGAAUGAUUGUGCGCAACUGGAAAGCCAACAAAGCCAAAAACGAGGAUCCUGAGAUGUCAUCAGGUUUCACCACUGUCUCGCUCAACGAGAAGCUGGGACUCCAUGUGACCAACCUCACUCGACACUUUGGAUCCCGUAUGGGUCCCAUCGAGAGUUUCUCACCCACGCUCGUCGAGCACACCAUCCGGUCCAUUCUCUACGCCGUCGUUGUCGGAGCCGGCUACAUUCUCAUGCUCCUAGCCAUGUCCUUCAACGGCUACAUCAUCUUCUGCAUCAUCAUCGGCGCCUUAAUAGGCUACUUCUUCUUCGGCUCCGACAACAUCACCGACGGCCUCCACCAAGAAACCAGCAUCGCCUGCUGCUGA